AUGCCGGGUUCUUCUAACAACACCCCGUUGUUCCAACGUACAACCUCUGUCGAAGGCAGUUCGCAAAGGCAAGGAUCGACGCCGGGACCACAUCAAUCAACUUCACAAAUCCACUCAAAUGGGCAGUUGCCCGCAGGAAGUCGCUCGGCCACACCUGUCUCGAGAAAGCGAAAGUGGAGGAAAUCUAAUGAAACACCUAAAAACCCAAAGUGUCCAAGUCUUCGGCAAGAAAGGAUGUCGAUGACACCGCAGGUCAAAGAGGCUGAUGAACAAACGGUACAGAAACAUUUCCGACUGAUGGCAGGGGUGGGUCGUUCUAAAGCAGACUUCCCAAAGUCCCCAACUCUCUCAGACCUCGAAAACAUGCCACAGCUCACCGUGGAUUACGAGACCGCACCACUUGGAGAGGCUGUUCCCAACCUCAUCAGACAUGACCAACUCCAACCAACUUGGAAACCUGAAGAUAUGGAACAUACAGCAUCGGGUAUGUUACAAUACUGUCGACGUAGACUUCAGCAAUACGGCAUUCCUUACGCACAUAUUGAUUACCGCCUGAAGCAUAUGAGAAGAUAUAACAUUAAUGAAGCCAUCCUUCAGAGGGACCAAAAACGAGACCGUCAACAACAAAGACAAUUACGACUUGCGAAACGUAGAAAAGAGAUGUGCGAACUUGAAGGCAGUUCGCCUUUUGCAAGAUUCGGUGACCUUUUUGAAGAUGAACGACUGUGCUCAUCAGACGAGUCUGAUGAAGAAGUGAUGAACGAAGACCGAGUGAGACACACCCCUGUCUGGCGUAGCUCUCUGGCUACAUCCCUUGUGGAAAAUAUCGAUCAAGAAUAUCAUAAGAUGAGGCAAGGCGAGUUCCCGAAGCGAUCUGGACGGAAACCCGCGAAGCGUGUUCUCUCAAACUACCGACCAGAGGGAGGCAAGUUACGAUGGCCCGCAGGCUUGCCUAAAGAUUGCUACAGUGACGAGUUACAUACUACAAAUCAAAGAAUGCCCACUUUGGCAGAAUCAGCAACAGACGAUAUAAAGACCUUCCAUAUCGAUGAAGAGUUAAGAUUACAAAAGUUUACCUUUUUACCUGGGUGA